UUUGACGUUUAUAACAUUUUUUUGUCACUGAGAUCUGAAAUCAAAAAAUAAUUUUCUCGCUGUUUUAUGGUUUAUCUUCGACUUUAAUAUAAAUAAUUAUGGAACCAGAAGACGGGGAAAAUGUUAAGAAGGAAGAAACAACAGUGGAAGAGCAGCCUUUUAAAAAACCCACGUUGUUGAUUGGUAAAAUCGGUCGAUUUCCUAGAAAAUUACAAUCCUUACCAUCUAACAAGACGAUUGAAAGUGAAUUAAGUGAAUUAUCAGUAAAACAAACAGAAGCAACUGUUAAUAUCGAAGAAAAUAGUGUAGAGAAAACUACAAGCAAUAGUUUAAGUAGUAAUCAUAAAGAUGAGAAGUCUCCAGCUCAACAAGUUGCCGAAAAUACAUUGCCCUUACCUUAUAAAGAACCUGCAUGGUCUGGGUUACCUGAUAAAUAUGAAAAGCCAUAUGUUUUUGAAGUCCUUAAGAAUGGCACUAUAAUAGAAAGAAUUGACUUAAUGAAGAAGCCGUAUUGGGUUUUUGGGAGACUAACUACCUGUGAUAUUUAUAUGCAGCAUCCUACUAUAUCUAGAUAUCAUGCAGUACUUCAGUAUAGAAGCAUGCAGACAGAGACAGAGCCAGCAGGGUUUUACUUGUAUGAUUUGGGAAGUACCCACGGUACAUUUAUGAACGGGAAGAACAAAUUAAAACCAAAAAUAUAUGUCCCUAUUCGGGUGGGUCAUAUGAUCAGACUGGGCUGCAGCCAAAGAUCCUAUAUUUUAACAGGCCCAGAAGACGACGAAGAAGAGGAAUCAGAGCUCUCUGUCACAGAACUGAAACAAUUAAAAGCUCAGAAAAUAGCAGAAAGAGAGGAGAAACUAAGAAAAGAAGAGCUAGAGAGGGAAGAAAGGAAGAGGAAAGAAGAAGAGAGAGGCGUGGAUUGGGGUUUAGGGGAUGACGCUGAUGAAAACGAGGAUUUAUCGGAGAAUCCGUACGCCCAAACAAACAACGAAGAUUUGUAUUUGGACGAUCCUAAAAAAGCUUUGAGAGGAUUCUUUGAGCGGGAGGGGCUUGAUUUAGAGUACGACUGUACAGAGCAAGGUAUGGGCCAGUUCCUUUGUAAAGUAGUUCUACCAGUGGACGAUGAACUGGGCAAACCGAUCGUAGCGGAGGUUCUACACCGUGGCAAAAAAAAGGAAACUGUAGAACAGUGUGCCUUGGAAGCGUGCAGAAUAUUGGACAGGUUUGGGGUAUUGAGACAAGCGACUCAUGAAUCUAGGAAAAGGAAAGCAAGAAAUUGGGAAGAAAAUGACUUUUAUGACAGCGAUGAAGAUACAUUCUUGGACAGAACUGGCACGGUAGAGAAGAAACGCGAAAAACGAAUGAAGGCUAAAGAACCAGAAAAAGCGGAAACAUACGAGUCCCUGCUGGAAAAAGAAAAAUCCCUUACAGAUUCGAUUUCCGAAAUUGAGAAGCGUCUUGGAGCGUCUCAGGUGAAAAAAACUCAGAAAAAUGAGAAUUCUAACGAAGGUGAAGACUCUUUGGACUCAUACAUGAAAGGAUUACAAGAGGAGAAAAUAGAUAAACACUUGGUAUCGAAAUUGAAGCUUGAUUUGGUUAAGUUCAAGAAAGAUCUGGAAAAUGUUAAGAGGUUAAUUGGAGUGGCUAAACCUGCUACUUUGCCGUCAUUGGUGCCGCAGUCCAAUCCCCAGCCAAGCACAAGCAAAGUUCCUUCAAAACUACCUUUUAUCGGUAAAAGGAAAGGUUUUCAUAUGAAACCAACUCAAAAAGUUAUUGAGGAGGUUAAAGAAACUGUUGCUGUGACUGCUGAUGAUAAUUCAGUUGAACGGUGCGAGUCUGAACACGAAGAAGAGACUGAUAAAAGUGAAGAAAUUAGAAAAAUUGAAGAAGUACCUGAAGUUCCUGUUAACAAUAGAGAAGAAGAAGAAACAGUUGAUGAUAAUAAUUUGAAUAAUGACGCAAAUAACUCAGAAAGCGAAGCUUCUGAGCCAGAAUCAGUCUUAGAAAUUAAUCAUUCAAGUAGAUACGAUCCUGAAUUGUUGGAAGUGACAUUUAUGCGGUCUUUUCACGACACUAUGGCUUUCGAAAAAUUCGAGACUCUUAUGAGAACAGGCUUACCACCAUCAGCGAACGUGUUCAGAGAGCCUUUAGAGAAAAUUUUAAAGAAACUCAGACGUCUGGCCUCGAACGAAGACCGGCUUCAAGCGGAUUGGAGAAGUUUGUCCGCGAAAAAACGUAAAGUAUUGAAAUUAGUGUCCGAUUUUCGCCAAUCUACGGAUAAUAAAACUUUAAAAAAGAAAGUUUCCGUUGAACUAAAGAGGAUCAUGGACGAACUGGACAACAUGACCGAGGAAAAGUUCAAGGUGGUAAGAAAGGUGCGAAAAAUGGGCGACGUUCUCAAAACCAUCUCCCAAACAAUAGGAAAAGCUAUUAAAGAGUUCCGAAACAGAACACCCGAGGAACAGUGCAAUUUGUGCGAUGAGGAACCGCAACCCGGAACCAGUUUAGAAACAGAACUACCUGAACUUUCCCGAAAGGAACUCAGCAAUUUGAACCACGAAGAACCUAAACCGGGAACCAGUUCAGAAUCAGAACCACCGGAAGUCAGCGAUUUCUCCGAUGAAAAACCGAGACCUGGAACUAGUUUAGAACGAGAACCAGCUGAACUUCCGCGAAAGGAACUCGACGAAGAACCGAGAGCGGGAACUAGUUCGGAACUGGAACCUCCGCGAACCAGGGAAAAGCUAAAGAGAAAAGAAGAGAGGAGGAAGCGUGAGGAGGAGGCUAAGAAACAAAGAGGUUACGAGGAGGAUUCCAGGAAAGAAGACUAUUGUAUGUGGGUACCGCCGAAUGAUCAGUCUGGAGAUGGCAGGACUUCUUUGAACGAUAAAUUAGGGUACUAGAACAUAAAAAACGGACCCCCCUGUAUAUAUUUUUAAUCGGUUAAUUAUUAUUUUUUAUUUACGUUAUUUUUAAAUGUUAAAAAAUGAGAUAGUAAAACUAUAUAAUAAGGUCUUUUUUAUUUUUUAAGAUUAAAAGAAUUCAGAUGUGUUUAU